GUGAAACAAUGUAACUCACACAACGGACAUGAAUUUGAUCUUAUUGCACUAAAUCUGCCUGUUUACAGACCUAAUUUUUGCAAGUCUACAUGGGAAAAUAAGAGUUUUUGAUUCUGAAUUGCUUCAAGCUUUAUUCUCGGUGAUAAUUUUGUCUUUCAAUCUAAAUCAACUACUCAAUAGAUGGCUUUAUAAUUGGCAUUUUCCUUGGGGCACAUCUGUGAAUCUUUUUCAUUGUUUCAUCAUGCACUUUCUUUGGACUUUUGUACUUUGUAUUGUGGAGGUCUAUGGACACGGAAAGCUCUGGGAGCCACCUAGCCGUUCCUCUAUCUGGAGGAGAGGAUUCGAUUCUCCAGUGAAUACCAAUGAUAAUGAACUCAAUUGUGGUGGAUAUGAGAAUCAUUGGAUUCAUCAAGGAGGCCGAUGCGGAGUUUGUGGCGAUCCCUACCAAGACCACCCCAGACCUAACGAAGCAGGCGGAAGAUACGCUACAGGGCUUAUUACCCGGAAAUACAAGGCUGGUGACGUCAUUGAUUUAGCAGCAGAUCUCACUGCCAACCAUAUUGGCGUUUUCGAAUACCGUGUCUGUCCUGUCCAAGAUGGAAAUAUUCCAGCCACACAAGAGUGUUUUGAUAAGUAUCCUGUGUUAGUAACAGAGUCUAUAGAUGGUCGUUAUCAUGUGAAUGCCUCAGAAAAUGGCAUAAUUCACAUGAAAGGUCGUCUUCCUCCGAAUCUGUCGUGUGAGCACUGUGUACUCCAAUGGCGCUAUAACACAGGUAACCGUUGGAACUGUGAUAUAAAUGAUAGAUGCGGACAUGGGAUCGGUCCUCAGGAAGAAUUUUACGGCUGUGCAGAUAUCUCGAUUACAGAAAAUCCAGACUUUCUAAAGGACUCCAGAUCUAAUAAUAGACCUCUCCAUCUUUUCGAGCCACUUGAAAUUCAGCUUAGAAAUACUUUAGAAAAUUUCAGAUCAAUUUCAAGGGACGAAAUAAAUGAUUACCCAACAGAAAAGUCUGAUAUUUACUCGACAUCUUUUGACACGCAUUUAAUUCCUAUAAUGACAACAGAAAUACCAGAGACAGUUUCGGAUUUUACAGAGUCGCCCAUAAAAGUUUUUCCGAUGCCGCUGGAAAUGAAGCCUGUGACUAAAUCUGCUUUUCAUUCACCAUUGGGUGCUAAAAGAACAAGAAUAAAUUUCAAAAAGACAUCCUUUGACAAGCAAUCGUUUCCUGAGAGGACUACAUGGUCACCGUUAACGGUUUCAGAAUACACUGUUUCGUCAAUAAAGGGUGUUCCCGUGCAGCUGGAAAAUCAACCAGUGACGGAAAUGUCUGACAUUCAGUCUGUCUUUGGAGCCAAACGUACAAAGAUUAAUUUUAAACAGAAGCCAUCAAACACUGAAAUUAACCCACUGGAAAUCAAGACAGCAAAACACAAUGGGCAGAAGGUAGCUGUGCUCGAAAGGUUGUCCGAGAUGUUGUGGUCCAUGAUGAAAUCACUCAUGGUGCAAUCAAACAAACGAAAUGGGCAAAAUAUUGCAUCUGUAAAAUGGGACCCUUUGAAAACUCUGGGUAAAUCACCAAUCCGAAACACCGACUAUAAAAAUCGUUAUCAAUUUGAACUAAAAUCACAAUGGCCGCCAACUCGACCCAUGAUUGUAAAAGCUGAUUACGGCAUUGAUGACAUACUAGAGGGAAACCCAAUAGUACUUCGUGAAAUAUCACCCAAAGAAUAUUUAAAAAGCCCUCUUCUCACAAACAGAAAUCUCAGAAUACCAUUUCGAAGCAGAAUGGGUGAAUUUGAUCAAUUUCGAAAACAUACACAUAAUCUUGACUCAAGGUUAUUAGAACUUCAACAGAAAAGAGGCAAAUCAACUACAACUCAAGAAAUUGCAACAUUAAAAUCUCUGGUUUGUACAGGUGCAGAAAGUUUUGCAUACGUAGAAGGCAUCAAUACAUGGUGUACAAGAAAUUGCAAGGCAGGGAACUGCCCACGACAUAUGUGUAGAUGUGUGAACAAAAGAGUAAGAGCAACUUCUAGUUCAAUGAUGACAAGUACAACAGCAACAACAACUGAACAACCAUUAAGUUCAACAAAAAAACCUACAUUACCAUUUUUAUCUUCAUUUCUCCAGAAAGACCCUUUAAAACAGAAAAUACCAAAACAAAACGGACACGUGAAUUUCUUGUCUAAAGAGGCAUAUAUGGAUCUUUACAAGAAAAACCCAAGAAUAUUCGGACAAAAAAUCAAAUAUGUUGAUAAUACGAACAAGUAUCCUUCCAAAAAUGCAAAAAGUAUAGGAGCGCAAACGCGCGUUCAAGAAACCUCCACUAUAAAGAGUCCCAAAAAAUCCAUUAUAUGUCACGGUGCAAACCGCUAUGGUCAGCAGAAAGCCAUCAAGGGCUGGUGUACAGAAAACUGUAGGAAAGGUUUCUGUCCAAAAAGAGUAUGUGUCUGCAAGUAUGGAUAGACGAUUUUCUUUAUAAACUAAGAACUGUUUAGUGCAUGAAAAAAACUAACACUGACAUGGAAUAAUUUAAUGUUACACAAGAAAGUAAACUGCGUUAUUUUGGUGCAUGGCAAAAAUUUGGUAAGUUUACAGUGACGCGUCGUAGUGUGUGUAUACCCUAUCGGUCAGGCUCAUGACUUGACGAAGAGUGGUUCAACACAUGCAAGUUUGUGUUUUGAUCAACGAAGUCAUUCUACUAUUUAUAUAUAAAAAGGAAAUAUAUUACUAGUAUAUUGCUACAUGUACGUCUUAUAGUGCUUUAUAUCAAAAGCCAAUGUCUCUGCCGUGAGCUGUCUUACAUGUACAAACCAAAGUUACACACAACAUAGCAUUAUUCCUUCGUAAGUUGAAACAUGUACUAAAAGUCAAUAUUUCUUUUAAACUAGAGUAUUACUAGUAGUCGUAUGCUUAUUAGUACUCGAUAAAUGAGGCGACAAAAGCAUCUGUAUAUUACAUUAAUAUAUUUCUCUAGAUAAAAAAAAAAAUUAUCUAAUCAUUAUUUUCUAUAUACGCACGAAAACAUUCUGGUUGCUUUGAAAACAAAUUUUAAAAAACUUAUGAGUACAAAUGUUUAACAAGGCUCUUACAUUUAUAUACCCACGGAACCUUAUUCAGAUACAAGGUAUAUUGUAAAAGUAAACUUCUGUCAGUUUGCAAAAGGUUCGUGUCAAUUAUAAUUUUUUUGUUUUACAUAUUUAAACGGUCAAUUGUUUUUAAAUGUAUGUCUUAAGCAUAUAGUAUAUUUAUCAGUGAUUUAUGUUUGACUCAAUAAAAUGGUAAUAAUUUACA